GUUUCCUAGACUCGCAUCACCACCAGCCUUUGCUUGUAUGUAUUACCCACUUGUCAGAUGUUUAUGAUUUUGAUUUAUCUAGUUAUGAUCAUCUCUCCCAAAUUGGAGAUCAUUUCUCUUCGGGGAAAGACUAGUACUUUUGAUACUAUUUUGGCAACUACCCAGUUUUAGCUUCAAUAGAGGUAUGUGAAUUUGGAGUCACUCUUCUCUGAGAUAAUCAAGUAUUGGCUUGGCCUCAGCUUGGAUCAACAUCUGGUUGAAGGUACAACUGCAAUAAUAAUAGGUUCCUUCAGGCAUCAAUUUGUGUGAGUCCACGAACCUGAGGACUUUGAGCUGAAUGAAGAGAGAAGAUGCAUGUGGAGUGUCUCCAGCUGUGAGACCGGGAGGAGGAGUAGUUCUCUGCCGGGAGGGGGUCGUGAGGACUCCGUGUGUUUACCUGUGAAGUGCUUAGCACACUGCCUGACUCAGGACGAGUGGGCACAGUUAGGCUGCCAUGAUUUCCACGCGGCACGGGGAGAGGAGCUUUGGGACAGAACGUGUCUCGGUGUGGACAUUUCACUGAUCCUGGAUUUAUUGUGUUCCUGUCUCUAAGGUUUUUCCCUGCCUACUUGAGGGAACAUAGUCAUCAUUGGCUUUUGAUUGCUCUCACAUCUGGUGUGGCCUCUGUUUCAGGUCACAUCUGAAACUCCUCUGGACCCCAAGCUUAGAAAGGUUUGAGGCUUCAAACCUUCUGAGAGGACUCCCUGACUGCCUUGGAGCUGACGUUUCCUGUCACCGAGUAGACUGAACUUCACACUGACCUGAAAUCAUGGCUUGAAGUAGAUGAUACCAAGUCUGUGGAAAUAGCUGUCUCUAUCACAAGGGAAAGUGUGCUUCAUCCGCCAUCAGAACACUAUGCAGUUGACUCCUGCCACUUUGAAGAAGCACAGACAGGUGCAUCCAUAUGCAGAAGGACCUGUUAAAGCACAGGGGAAGAUGGAGAGGUGUGCCACAUUAGAGCCAUUUAAAGGAACACGUUGAGUCCAGUCUGGUGACCCAGGACGUGCCCCAGCUCUAGUGAUGCAGUCUGCCUUUCUGCUCGGGAACAUCAUCUGUGCCUCAGACUUGCUCCUCUCAGCCUGAGACCACGUGGAAACUGGGAUGUAGGAUGCAGGAAGCAGAGAUAGUGGUAACCGAGAGGCCCAUGUCUGGGUAGAUCCAGGUCGGGGACCACAACGCUGCCUCCCCCUGGGCCUGGCGGUCGGCUGCUGGGGCUCUGCUGAUGUGCUCAGCACAGUCCUGUCCUUCUAUUUGCACUUAAAUGGCACAGCAUUUGGUCAGCGCAUCUGAAAAGGAAAGUGUGAGAGACAAAGCCCAUGGCUACCUACCCCUGCCAGUUAUGUGGCAAGAUGUUCCUCACCCUGGAGAAGUUCACUAUCCACAGUUAUUCCCACUCCAGGGAGCGACCUUACAAGUGCUUGCAGCCAGACUGUGGCAAAGCCUUCAUUUCCAGAUAUAAAUUAAUGAGGCAUAUGGCUACACAUUCGCCCCAGAAAUCUCACCAGUGUGCUUAUUGUGAGAAGACUUUCAACCGGAAAGACCACCUGAAGAACCACCUCCAAACGCACAACCCCAACAAAAUGGCCUUUGGGUGCGAGGAGUGUGGGAAGAAGUACAACACCAUGCUGGGCUACAAGAGGCACCUGGCCCUCCAUGCGGCCAGCAGUGGCGACCUCACCUGUGGGGUCUGUGCCCUGGAGCUGGGGAGCACUGAGGUGCUGCUCGACCACCUCAAAGCCCACGCCGAAGAGAAGCCGUCGACUGGAACCAAGGAGAAGAAGCACCAGUGCGACCACUGCGAGAGAUGCUUCUACACCCGGAAGGAUGUGCGGCGCCACCUGGUGGUCCACACAGGCUGCAAGGACUUCCUGUGUCAGUUCUGUGCCCAGAGAUUCGGGCGCAAAGACCACCUCACGCGUCACACCAAGAAGACCCACCCACAGGAGCUGAUGAAGGAGAGCCUGCAGGCUGGAGACCUUCUGAAUACUCUCCACGCUCUCUCUCCCCAGUUCCAACUGAAGGCUGCCCCACUGUCUCCUUUUCCUAUAGGGGCCCCUACACAGAAUGGGCUUGUGAGUAGCCUGCCAGCUGAGGUACACACCCUCAAUGCCUUGGAGCAGCCCCCUCAGCCUAUAUCAGUGCUGUCAGAGCUCCUGGCUCCCCUCCACCCCAUGGCCACCCCCAGCUCUCCCCCUGCACCCCUCCAGAAUCACAAGUACAACACUGGUUCUACCUCAUACCCCCCACUGGCAGGCCUGCCUCUCAAAACAGAUACUAAAGGAUUUUUCAGUGCCAAUUUGCUUGAGGACUUGCCUCUGCAAGAGCCUCAGUCACCUCACAAGCUCAAUGCAGGCUUUGACCUGGCUAAGGGAGGUGCAGGUAAAGUCAACCUGCCCAAAGAGCUAGCUGCAGAUGCUGUGAACAUAUUACCUGCCUCUCUGGACCUCUCCCCUCUGUUGGGCUUCUGGCAGCUGCCUCCUGCUACCCAGAAUGCCUUUGGGAGUAGUGGUCUUGCCCUGGGGGCUGGGGAAUCUCUGCCGCAUAGGCUGGGCUGUCUGGGGCAGCAGCCCCAAGACCCCUCACUAGCCAUGAGCACUAUGAGCCUGGGCCAGCUCCCCCUCCCACCCAUCCCCCACGUUUUCCCAGCUGGCACUGGUUCGGCUAUCCUGCCUCAUUUCCACCAUGCAUUCAGAUGAAUGGUUUUUGUGUUUUUUUUUUUAAGCAUACUUUUCUUACUCUGAAAGAUAUUUUGAGAAGCAUUUUAAACAUCAGCUAUGAUAAUACAAGGAAAGAUAUAGGAAGCAGGACUGGAAUAUGGCUUAUUCAGUGAUGACUGGCUUGAGAGAAGAGAGUUCUCGAACUGCAUGUAUUGUGCCAAUCUGUCCUGAGUGUUCAUGCUUUGUACCAAAUUUAAUAAGCAAGUAUUCUUCAAUGGAACUGCAACUAUUAUCAUAACCGACAUCCAUAAGAGGGCUGCUAUAUAUUGAUGUAGCUAUAUAGUGGUGUUUGUCAACUUAAUCGUAAGCCAUGCUCAUAAUAAUGUUAGCUAAGUAACUUUAUGUGGCACUGCCUAGUAAGGGAACUAUGGAAGGUUGGAUUUUUCCAAAAUGGGAGGAUUUUUAACAUAAGAAAGUAAUCUUUAUAUCGCAUAUUAUCACCAGGCUGUGUAUUUCUUUUCAGGGAUUUUUCUACCUUCAGGGUUGGAUGUAGUUUAGUUACUAUUGCCAUAGCCAACCUGUAGUUUUACAGAAACAAUUUCUUGUGGAAUAAUAGACGUCUUCAUUUUAAAGCAUUUUAAAUGUAGUUUGAAUAUUUUCCACAGGAUGCUACAAUGUGAGUUAUCACUUCAUUUAUCUUAAAGACUAAACUGUCAGUUAUAUCUGACAGAAAAAAAAAUCACUGUGUAACCAGGUUAAGUGGUAAAAUAAUCCAGGCGUCAGUCAAAAUAAGCAUUUUACUGACUUUAAUAUUGAUUAUAUUUUUAACAGGAAUUUAAGAAUAUUACUGGAAUUUUAAAGUAUAUAUAUAUAUCUAUCUAUUAAGCAAGAAUUUCUUUUGCUCUGCUCUGUCUGGCUUAAAAUACUACUCUGCUUAAGUAUUUUUAAUCACCAAUAAGUAAAUGCAUUUUAAAAUUCAUCAUUUAAGUCAAUAUUAGUUUUAUUCAAAAAAUAUAGCGUUUUACAAUGUAACUAUAAUCUAUCUCUGGAAUUUGGUAUCUAAUGAGUUUUUAAACUGUAAAACCUAACCUUCUUUUUUUAAAGCUCCUCUGUCUUUUGUGUUUAGAGGCUUUCAAUAUGAAGAUAUAUCUUACAUAUAAUAAAUAAAGUACAAAUUCAGCAAA